UUCCCAGGCUACGACUGCCUUUAGUAAAGCUCUUGAAAUUCAUCCAAAUAAUCAAGAAGCGAUGGAAGGUUAUCAACAAUGUACAAUUGGAUCAAGUGAUGAUUCUGAAGAAGUUCGUAAACACGCACUCGCUGAUCCUGAAAUUCAACAAAUUCUUGGUGAUCCCAGUAUGUGUUUAAUACUUGACCAAAUGCAAAAUGAACCUCUAGCAAUAUAUGAACAUUUACGAAAUCCCGUUAUCGCACAAAAAAUUCAAAAAUUAAUGAAUGCUGGUAUUAUUGCUAUUCAUCUUAUUUAA